AUGGACAACCCCCCGCAACUGAAUCCAAGUCCAACCGACCAAAACGCAGACCAACGACAAAAGGAAGCGCUAGCAGCCUUUACCGCAACACUCCACUCAGUGGGAACAAACCUCGAAGCGCCGCUCCGUGACCGCGCAGCAAACAUCCAAUCCAACGCGGCGGCGCUGGAAAGACAAGAAGCCGAGCUAGCGGAGAAUACGCAGCGACUGGCACGACAAAAUCAGCAGUGGGUUGGACUCGCAGAUGAGACGCGCGAGGGAUUAAAGGAGAUCGGGGAUGUGCAGAAUUGGGCGGAGAUGAUUGAGCGUGAUUUGCUGGCCUUGGAAGAUAUGAUGGAUAAUGUUGAGAAAGGUGGGGAACAUGAGAGUGAAAAUGGUAGUGAUACGGAACUGAAUGGAGAUGUUGAGAAUGGAAAUGCAAAUGGACAUGUCGAGAUUGAUGAUAAUGGGAAGAAAGUGGAUCAGUCGCCGAAAGGGUGGUUGCGAUGGUGGUGA